AUGUCGGACUGCGAAGAAAUCGAGGACGGGCCACCAGCGCACCCAGCUACUUACCAGCUGCCGGAUAUUCCAUUUGAGGAGAUGAACCCGCUCCAGAAGCGAUGGCACAAGAUCAAGGCGAUCGAGGAGUUCCCCGUCAAAGUUACCUACCUUGGCGACUGCGAGAUGCCGCUCGAAUACGUCGAGUACCUUUCCGAGGAGAUGAGAAAACAAGCCUUAGAGCAAGCAGCGAACAAAGACAUCGACAUUGGCGGACUCGAAAUCAAAGAAACGGAAGGAAAGAAGAAAUCCCAAUCGCGCGGCGGCCGAGGAAACAUCAAAGCCAAAAAGAAGGCAGAGCCGCAAAACAACGAAAAAGCCGACGAAAUCGUCAUUCAGGGAGACUUUAUCGACGAAGUUAUAGACCUCAUUCUCGAGAAAUUCGGAGACAAGAUUCCGGCGGAUAUGAUAGAAGACAUUGGGGACAUGAAGAAGUGA